GACUUCUCGUCAGUCGACGUUGAAGACUGCUACGUACAUACGUGUAUAUGCCGACACAAUUCGGUGUUGGCUGCUGCUCGCAACAACCCGUUCAUCGUACGGAUCUAUCUCUGCACGAUAUAUCGAGGGAAAAAGUGCCGUGCGGAUAGAGGAGAGAAAGACAAAGAGGAGGAGAAAGAGGGGGUUCGUGGCACGCCGGGGGAGUUCAAGGUGUUGCACAAUUUUACGUCAGGCUGUGUUUCUCUCUCCGAGAGAGAAAUCACCUCAGCCGACGCGAUCCGAAGGAAAAAAAGAUAGGAGGAUUGACAGUGAGUGUCGCAGACUCUGGCACGAAGCGACGAAUUAGUAACGUUUGGAUCGUCGUAGCGCGACUCUGUGCAGACUCGAGAAAUUAAAACGGUCACACGUAUCGGCAGAAACCGCGUCUAACGAAAGGAGAAACCACGUGGAGAAAUCGAUGUACGAUCGAUUCAAGGAACAGAAUUAGUUACCAACAGACACACACGCGCAGUUUACCUUACUAACUGAGAGUAGUACAUAAUACGUGAAAAAACGUGUUUCGCGCGUUCGACCCACGAUCUACCGGUAAUGAAAGAUGUCGAUAGGACACGCUUGUGCCUUGGACGCGUUUCAAAAUUGAAUUCGUACGGAAGGUAACCUCUGUGCAUACAAGCCCUAGAUCGUGAACGUUUCGCGAUCUCGUUUAACGUGGUUCGGUGACCGAUCGCUGUGCGCGCGAGCGCGCGCGCGCUCUCUUCACCUCGAGGAAGAAACAAGAAGCAGCGACGGAUAGAGGUAGGGAAGAAGAAAAGGGAGAAGGACGCUAAAGGAGAAGGAGAAUCAGGAGAAAAGGGAAAGAGAGAGGCACGCCGCGUGGACACAGGCCGUACGACGAUCCGUGUGUCUGUUUCGUUUCAUUUUACCGCUUUUUCAAGCCUGACCGUGGUAGAUGAGGAUUCGCGGAAAUUUCAGUCGAUACAAUUUUGCGUUCUUCUUCUUUUUUCGUCGGUAAUUUGUUUGUUUUCUCCCUUACUCGUGUACGUUUCUGCCACGUGGGACUAACCGCGCGGAUUUGUAAACAAGGACGCACGAAUUUGUAAACAAUCAAGGAAGUUUGACAGAGCGAGAGAAUCAUGUACAAGUUACUCGGAAGCCUCGGACAAUAUUUGAAAUGGCAGGAAAUAACGACGGAUUCGAUGGUGUUUCGGUUACACAAUCGCUUCACAACGGUGCUGCUUUUCACGUGUUCAAUACUGAUCACGGCCACCCAAUACGUCGGCAAUCCGAUCUCCUGUAUCGUUCAGGGUUUACCCACGCACCCUAUCAACACUUAUUGCUGGAUAACUUCUACGUUUACUAUGCCGGACGCAUUUAAUCGGCAGGUUGGACUAGAAGUAGCGCAUCCAGGAGUGGCGAACGAUUUCGGCGACGUGGAUGCGAGGAAAUAUUACACUUAUUACCAGUGGGUCUGCUUCGUGUUGUUCUUCCAGGCACUACUGUGUUACAUUCCACAAUGGUUGUGGAAUAUGUGCGAGGGUGGUCUGAUCAAUGCACUAGUUAUGGGUAUGAAUCAUGGUCUCGAUCGCGAAGAAAACAUUGACAAGAAAAAGUCAAUGCUAAUGAUUUACCUAAUGCAGUAUAGGAAGACACACAACACGUACGUGUAUCGGUAUUUUGGCUGCGAGGCUCUCUGUUUCAUUAACAUCUUUCUUCAAUUGUGCUUGAUGAAUCAAUUCUUUGACGGCGAAUUCCUCAGCUACGGUCUACGAGUACUCUCGCUACCUGACGUCCCUCAGGAAGAGCGUGUCGAUCCUAUGGUUUAUAUUUUUCCACGCGUGACAAAAUGCAUAUUCCACAAGUACGGUGCAUCAGGAACAAUACAGAAGCACGAUUCUCUGUGUAUCCUUCCGUUGAACAUUGUCAACGAGAAGACAUACAUUUUCAUUUGGUUUUGGUUUACAAUUCUGUUGAUCCUGCUAUUGGGCCUGAUGGUCUACAGAGCUGCCAUAAUCUUUGCUCCAGCAAUCAGACCGAGAUUGCUUCAAAUGUCCUCAAGACUUCCUUCCAUUGAAACUUGCUCCAGUAUCAGCAAGAAGAUUGAUCUGGGUGAUUGGUGGCUUCUCUACAUCCUUUCUUCUAACAUGGACUCGUUAAUAUACAGAAACUUCCUUCAAGAACUCACUAAGAAAAUGAGUGACACGCAUUCAGUCGCUUAGACUUAGAUUUUUCUAUUUUAUUAUUAGAAGUUCGAAGGAUUAAAAGACAAUACAGUCAUGGACUGAUUUAUUGAUUGGUCGCCAAGAGAGAUCCAUUUGCCCCGUUUCUCUGACAAGUCUCCAUUAGUUUUUAUUAAAGAAACUUGAAGAGUUACAGGCAAAUGUAUAGUUACUGACUACAUAUGUCUAUGUCUGGAAAUGAUGAAACAGAUAAUUUCCUAACUAGCACCUAGAACAAACAAUUUCUAUGUAUGACUGACGUAGUAACCACGGCGAAGACAUUCUUGAUGCCGCGUUAAAGUGACCACGUUUAGGAUCUCCGUGCGUAUGCGUGUGUGUAUGUUUGUUGCGCGUGUAUGUAAAUAUAAUAGCGAUGUGUUACGUACACACGCACGCGAAUCAUUAUAUUUUAACAAUAUUUCUUCAUUUAGUGUUCGUUCUCCAAAGGAAACAAAGCUAUUUUACUUCUCCGAGAAGUAUUGCUCAAAGCAAAUCAUUUCUAUAGCAUUAGAAAAAUUCUUGAUCGUGAUAGCGUGCGAGGAUAUCUUUUACUUUACAACGUUUUUUUACCAUGAGAUCAUCUUGGUGUUUUUUUAAUGCAUCGAUCUUGCGAACGCGACGACAUAUAUUACCGUAUGUUAUGAGAAACGCAGCUAUGCUAUUUCAUAUAUUUUAUUUAAAUUUCCUUUAAUUUCCUUUUCUUUCAAGUUAAUAAAGAUUUUUUUUCUUUUCGAAUUCUCAUAGAAUUUUCUCAAUAUUUUAUAUUGAAUUUUAUUUUAAUUAGAUUGGAAAUAAGUUAGUCGAAUAACAGUACCAGAUAAAGUAAUUUUCAUAUAGUUUAUCAUGAAAUGCAUUUAAAAUUUUGUUACAAAUGAGAAACUAAGGAGAUGGAUCUUUAAAUAAUUGUUAUUAUAAAGUUAUUAUUAUUUUAUCCAUUUCCAUGAGUUUAGAAGACGCAAGUAGUUUAGGCAUUUUGUAUGGCAAACGAUUAUCUGCCCAUUUGUGUUCCAUCGACAAGAAAACAUUGUCGAAGAAGAUUUCUAUUGAACGUUAAAUUAAACUUCGAGCAAUAUACAUUUCCUACUACGUUUUAAUCAAUUUCUAUGUCGCUGCACGAGCGUUAAACAAACUGUAUUAUAUAUAUAUAUUUCCUAUUGGAAAAUAAGAAUCGAAGAACAAAAGAGCGGGCCGAAUUUUAACGGUACUAUAUUUUACAUGAUUAAUAGGCAAUUAAAGAGAGAAGUAAAGAUUGACAAAGAUGCAUGAUGUUUCGUAUAUAAUUCUACAAUUUACAUUUAACUACUACAGCGAUAUUGUAUCAAAUGAAAUAUUGGUAUAAUAGGUAAUACACCUACAUUCCAUUUAAUAAUAUUUUGUAAUAAUAGUUGCAAAAGAAGAUGUUUCGUAUAGUAUAUAAUUUUGUUCACACAUAGGAAAUAUUUGCUUAUUCCUGUCUCAAUUUUACCAUAGCGUUUAAUCGAUAAUUUAACCAAUGCUUAAUUUCCUAAGUUAGUAGGGAAGUUGAAAUGUAAAGCUCCGACACGCAAUAUAUUUCUUCUCUUUCGGAUAGUCUAUUGACGAGUGUAGAAAAACGAUAAUGUGAAAGAUUAAUAGGAUUCUCGAUAUAAGAUAUCGAGAAUAUAUUAUACUUUAAUUCGGCGAUGUUAUAUGCUUCUUCUUUAGCAUUAUAUUGAUAUUUAAAAGAGGAAUAAAAGUUUUCUAUUUAAAACCUAGUAUGUUCUUAUUUUAAUUUUACGGAAUAAAAUAUUGAGGAAGGAUCAAAUAUUAAAGCGCCUUAGUGACGUCGAUGGUGAAGUGUAGCGUUGCACUUUAUGUUCCAGACAAGAACGUUCGCAAGAGUUGAAUUGUGUGUGAGUAGAAUCUUGUGGAUUGAACUCGUAAACGACGAGUCGUAGGAUUGAUUGAAAGUCAAGCGAUUAUUUCUUACCGAUAUGGAAGGACACGUGGAUUUCUUUCGUACUUGUACUGUUCACAUACCCUUUAUGCACUUUGGCUUUGCACACACUCACAUACAGUCUCUGUCUCUGACUGUUAUUUUUCUCUCUAUUACCUGUCUCUCGUUAUUCAUGAACCUGUUUUAUGGACAUUGGCUAGCCAAUCAUUUUAAAGUAUCAGGUUAGUUUGAUUAUCCUAGCGAUCGAAGCUGAUCGUUCUUUCACCAAAUAAAACAGGUUCUUAGAUCAGUGACCAAGAUUGACAAUAAUGAGUAUUUUUGAGUACAACGGCCGCGUUGAAACGCGAUGGAUGUUAAGACUUCUUGUCAGCAGGAAAAACCGGGUCGUUGCCCUGGAUCACAGAUAUCC